AUGGAGUAUUUGUCCGUGUGUGAUGAAUGCUUCAUUACAGAGCAGGAGCAGCUGCUAAACGAGACCGGGUAAGUGUGGUUAGCAGUCAUUUGGGUCUGAGCUCAGGUUGUGAUUCAGUAAUUUGCAGUGGAGUUAUUGUGUUCUUCUUAUGGCCCCACAGAGAGUUCACCAUCGAGACAGAGGGCAAGACGUUCAGACUCACAAAGGACAUGGUUGGAGUGAAGAGAUUCCAGAAAACUCUACACGGUGAGAUUCGCUUGGAAAAUCUGUCAUUUUAUCAUGUAGUUGUGAUAUCUUUUAGUCUCUGGGAUUUUUGGAGUAAACUUUCCCUAAAACACUGCCUCUGUACGUGCUUUUCAUACACAGUGGAGGAAGUUGUUCCGAAUGUGAUCGAGCCGUCGUUUGGCAUCGGCAGGAUCAUGUACACCAUCUUUGAGCACACAUUCCAUGUCAGAGAAGGUGACGAACAAAGAACGGUAAGCUUCAUUCCACAAUUACUAUAAAUGCUCUUUUGAUUUAGUUAUUAACUAGGUUUUUCUUUUUUGACAUUUUUGUUUGUGUUAAAAAAAAUUGGCAAAAAUCUCAGUUUUGUUUGUUGAGAUUGCAAUUAUUGAAAACUAGUGCUGCAACUAAGGACUAUUUUUUUGUCGACUAGUCGUCCGAUUAAUCACGAUUAAUCACUAUCUUCUUUAUUUAUAAACACCUAUUUCCGGGGUGUCGGCGUUUCAGGUGCUCAUGCAUCACCGUGGUGCUGCCAUGGUAGGAAAGCUGAGCUUUGAUCGACGUUUUUUUUUGGUUUGUUCUCCGUAAAAUGUUUCCAAACUUUUGAAGUUUUGGGUCGGAGUUUUGGAGCGUCUUUUUCAGUUUGUCCUGCCGUAAUGUGUGCGCUCUUCUUCUGUGUUUGCUCGCGGGAUGUAAACAGCGAGCGCUACUGCCCCCAGCACAUCCUGUAGUGCACUGCAGUUAUAGAUGAGCAUGAGGCGCCGGCAUGUGAUUCUUAACAACAAUAACACGACGCGUCGACGCUUCGUUUUCGUGUCGAUGAAUUUGUUGUGUCGACGUAAUCGAUUACGUCGACUAAUCGUUGCGGCCCUAUUGAAAACAAACUUGUGGUUUUAUUUUUAUAUCACGUCUAUAAAACUAUAAAGCUCUAAGAGCUCAAAUAUAUUUUAAACUCUUGAAAAAACACACUGAUAAUUGAAAAUAUGGUUAACCUUUUUUCCUUUACAGAGGCAUGCACGUCUAAUUAGUAUUACUACAUUUAAUAAUAAUAAUAAUUAGUUGGGCACUGAAAGGGACUAUGCUUAUUGUUGCAACAUGUUGAAUUCACGAUGAAUUUUUGCACUGCUUUGGACUUCCUUGUGCUCUCAAACUUUGUUGUGCAUCAAUUCAAGCCGUUAAUGAUGAAGUGAAAGUGAGAGCUGUUUGAGGGAAGAGUCAGAGCACAUGCUCUGCUGCAAUGGAACAAUAGAAAGGUGCACUUUGUUUACCCUGUUGUGCAAAAAGGCAGGCGGCACAGUAAUCUGCCUGUCUUGAUUUAGUCAUAGUUUUGAUGAUUCUGGAGAGCCAUACUCGCAGUCGUCGUUAUAAUUUGAUUGCUCGCCCAGCCUACUUGUAUUUUCAUCUGUUUCAUCUGUACUGGUUGCCAUUACAUGAUUUUUCUUCUACUUCUUUGCAGUAUUUCAGCUUCCCUGCGACUGUAUCUCCAUACAAAUGCUCCGUCCUGCCUUUGAGUCAAAACCAGGAAUUCGUGCCUUUUGUAAAGGAAUUAUGUAAGUUCCCACAUAAUGAUAACUCAUGUUUUAUUUCUGUCUGUAAAUAGGAUCAACAGUAUGCCCUGCUGCUGGGUUUCACUUUUUCCCCUCUUCCUCUUUCUCUUAGCCGAGGCAUUGACCAGAAAUGGUGUGUCUCACAAAGUGGACGACUCUUCUGGAUCCAUCGGGAGGCGCUAUGCCAGGACAGAUGAGAUCGGAGUGGCGUUUGGAAUCACGAUUGACUUUGACACAGUGAACAAGACGCCUCACACAGCCACACUGAGAGACCGAGACUCCAUGCGGCAGAUCAGGGCUGAGGUACACCACCAGUUUUCUAUUCUAGUACACCAUCUGCACAUCAGAGACCAUCCUGUACACGAUGUCUAGAUCUGAUCAGCUUCACACUUCCUCUCUUCUCAGGUGAGCGAGCUGCCUGUGAUCAUUCGGGAUUUGGCUAACGGCACAUUGAGCUGGGCAGAGGUGGAGAGCAAGUACCCCAUCUUUGAAGGACAAGAGACCAGCAAGAAGGACACGGUUGAAGAGUAA